UGUCCCCUCGACAGUGGAGUGGAUAAAUAAAUGGUUCCAUAUUCAUAUAAAGGAAUAAUAUACAACAGUGAAAACGAACAUAUUGCUACUACAGAAACCAGGGAGGAAUCUCACAAACAUGAUGUGGAGCGACAGAGCCACAUACAAAAGAAUACAUGCUAGGUAUAUGAUUCCCAAAGUUGAAACACAGGCAAAACGAAUUUAUAGUAUUUGUUGGGAUAAUGCCUGGAGGGGGGAUAAGGUGCAUUUCUGUGGUACUGAUAGAGUUCUAUUCCUGACCUGGGUGGGGUUUACAUGGGUGUGUUCAUUUUGUGAUAAUUCAUUAUCAGUACAGGGGAGAGUAUAACAACAAUUCUACAGGACGAGAUUUGUGAAAUGUACAGGGAGGAAAAAAACAUGACUGUAAUUUUAAAAAGUCAACUCCCUUCCUAUCCUCCAGCCCUCCAUUUCCUAGGAGAGGAGCCCAGGAAAAACCAAACCCGAGAAAGGUAUUCCAGCUCAAACUCAAACCCUCAAACAGAUUCCCGAGACUCAAAUGUCCAUCACUCGGGGCAAAAGGUAUUCCCAGAUUUGUCCAAGGUGAUCACAAAAGCGACUAAGUCUCUUCGCUGCCCUGGAUAAGGGGAAAGAAAAAAUAAAGUUAAAAAACAUUGUUACUUUCCAAACUCGCAGCCUGGUGCUCCCGAAUCACUCGGGCAACCUGGGGCCCGACCCAUCUUAGGGGGCGGGGCCGAGGCCCUACUUUGACGCCCUAGCAACGGAGCGAGCCUUUGACGCGUCCUAGCGACGCGCCCCUCCCUCCCCUCGGCUGGUCUACUCUCCCCUGGUCCCCUUCCUUCGCUCGCGGCUCAGUCUCACGCUCUCAGUGGGCCUCUCCCUGGUCCCGAGGGCGUGGAUUCGCACACUCUGAUUCAGGCGCCUGACAGCUCUCCGGGUUCCUGUGGCGGGAGCCGCUCAGGGAGAGCCAGAGCGGGGAGAGGAACUGCGAGAAGGAACGUUUAAGUUAAGAAAGAAAAAAAAAAAAUCAAGAUUUGGUAAUUUUUAUCUUUAAGCCACAUCCAAAGCUCUGGGGAGAGAGGGCUGGGGGGUGGGAAAAUCACUUUUGUACAAACUGCACAUAAAGAAGGAAGAAAAGAGACCCAUUGAGGACCCAGCACGGAGCCGACGGGCGAUUGGAGAUGUUGGACACCAUCAUCCCUUCAGUGCAAGACCUGGCCAGGCAGGUGCUGCCCACGCUGCCCUCGCUGAGCCAGGAGGAUGUGAACUGGGUGAAACUACUGAAGACUACACAGCUAGCAACCCCAGGAGGCAAGAAGGCUGUAGAUCUUCAGACAUGCAGUGCACUGAUCUUUCCACUGCACUAUGCUCUGGAAAUAGAAGUCUCUACUAUCUGGGGGAAUGUGUCAGAAUUUGUGGAACGGCAGCUGUCCCUGCGUAAGGGGGUUCAGAUUCCAGCACUUGGAACUUUUACUUUCAUGAGACAAAAGCUUGAGGUGGGAAACAACAAGUUUAUCCUAAUUCAGAGGCCCGUAUUUAUCAUGGCAGAGAAGUUAGUACAGAUCCAUGGACUCAAACAAAACAAAGUAUAUACUCCUGGUGAUAUCCCAAUUGUUCCACUUAAUUUUGUCAUGAUAUCCCUGGAGGGUCCAUUUAACAGGGAUAUAGUGGAAGGAUGUGUGAAGGAGACAUUGCUUUUUUUAUCACGAUCCAUUUCCAUCAAAGAAAAUGUGGAGUUUACAUUCAAAGGAAUUGGAGUCCUCGUGAUCAGAGACAGCAAAGUGAAGAUGAGAUUUUAUAAGGACUUCCUUUGUACAAUGGAUGGAAGCGGGGCUUUGGCGAAAGCCCUAGCAAACAGGCCUGGCACUGUGGACUCAGUGUUGUCCAGCAGAGAGACCUGGGAGAAGCGGCCCAGAAGCGUGCUUGUAUUUCCAAGGAUUGAACUCAAGGGGAUGGAGAACAAACCAAAAAUGGAGCCCAUUGUAGAAGAAAGUCAAAAGAAUAGACAAAGGAAAAGCAAGUUAAAAGAUCAAUCAGACAAAGAAGAAGGUGUCAGAGAGAUCUUAUCACCCAAGAUACUUCAAGAUAGACAAACUCUCUCCCCUGGCAAAGUGACAAGCGGCAGCUUGCUGAACAAGUUGGAGAGGAGUGGGAGUGGUGGGAAGAAUAUGAACCCUGAAGGCUUAUCAUCUCCAGAUUGUCUGAAAAAUGAUGAUGAAAUGAAUCCUAGAAUUUCUCCAGCCCCUGCUUGCCAAGAUCAUAAUAAGGCAGGACAGGAAAUGUGUUAUGUAUGUUUGCAACGAGCACAACGAAAUUGCCCACUGUAUUAUGGUGAGGAGAGGAGGAGGAGGGAGAUAGAAGAUGAGCGACUCAUACAACAAUAUCAGAUGUUGAAGGACCAAGAGGCUCUCUUCAAAGAGCAGUUGAAAAGUCUGGCUAGUAGAGAACAGAAUCAAAAAAAUGCUGCCUAUAAUCUUGGAGUUGCUGAAGCUAUAAGAAUCCACAAGAAUGAGAAACCUGAAUUUUAUAAAUCCUUCCUAUUUGAUAAACGGCCACUCAGUCCUGAGAUUAAUGCCUUUAAGCAAGAGGAAUAUUCCCAAAGUCUCCUGAAACAAGUGGAUAACAGACGGGAAAAGCAAAUCAAGCAAAGACAAAACAGAGAGUUGAUGGACCGCCUAGAACAAGUGCAACUCACAGAGGAACUUGCUGCACAAAGAGCCAAAUAUAUAAAAGAUAAGAUAGAAGAAACAUGGUGUUAUAAGAGAGCUUUGGAUGCACAAAUAAAGAACAAAGCCCCUCAGCUGCCCAUGUUUGAGCCAGACUCUUUUGAGCCCAUCUUUGGUAAUAACAAGUGUAAUCUGAUGGUGGAAAAGCGAAUGCGAGAACAGAAUUACAUGAAGCACCAGCUGGAGGCAGCUGCUAGUCACAAGAGGAGAGCUAUCCUGCACCAACUGGUGGACCAAAAGAGGGACUUGCAGAUGCUCCAGAGGACCCAAAAAGAGCACUUGGCAGAUAGAAAUGCUGAGCUGGAGCGAGUGAACAGAAUCAACCAGAGCUUACAGGAGGACUGGGAAAGGAGUGCUGCAAUGAAGAGGCAGCGGGACCUGGAGGAGAAGGCCUUCGAGCGGGCCUCAGACAAGCUCUUCCUCCUGGACCAGUGUGAGAAGUAUCGGCGCUGCAGGCAGUGCCAGCGGUGCACCUCCAACGUGGGCAAGAGCAACCUGUGGCCCCUGAACAAGUCCCUGCAUGGCUCCCGGUUGUUUGUCUAAAACCCAAUGUUUGGACCUGUGUCCAAAACCUGGGGAAGGUUUUUAUUUUUCAAAUGUUUAGGGGUGAUGGCAAAACGACAUAUUUAUACUUUAGAGGAAAAAAAUUGUGUGGUUUUGGUGCUUUCAGGAAUAGAUUUAUUUUUAGCCCUUUACUGAAUUCACAUACAGAGGUUCUCACAUCUGUCGUCCUCCCAUCCACACAGAACCCUGCUGCCAUCGGGGCUGGGAAUGGGACCCUGCUUCAUUCUGGCUGCGGGCGUGCUGCUGACCCAGCCCUGCCACCCCCUCUGUGACUUUGUAUAAGACUUUGUGACUUUAUCUUUUCUUCAUCUAUAAUGAAUAAUGUCAUAAUAAAUAUUUUCUACGU